AUGUCCAACGUUAAUGCUGCCUGUGUCAUCAUCGGGGAUGAAGUGUUGAAUGGUAAGAUCAUCGAUACCAACUCAAAGUUCUUUGCCAAAUAUUGCUACAGCCAGGGGAUAAGACUCGGUGAGAUCGUUACCAUAGGUGAUGAUGAAACACAGAUAGUGGACACCUUGCAAAGAUUAUGCAAAAAGUACCAAUUUAUCGUAACGUCUGGAGGAAUUGGACCCACUCAUGAUGAUAUAACCUAUGAGUCGGUUGCCAAGAGCUUUAACCUUCCAACUAAAAUCGAUGAGGAUUGCAAGAAGAGAAUGCAAAGGAUAUCGAAACCAGAGUCCAGACUAGACGCAGCCGCAUUGAAGGACUUUUAUCGUAUGGCCACUUUGCCUCACGGUCCCAGUGUGAAGAACCAUUACAUAUCUAGUGACCUGUGGGUUCCAAUUUGCUCAGUCGAUAACAAGGUGUAUAUUCUACCGGGUAUUCCACAACUAUUCUCAAGGAUGAUCAAAAAUUUCACUCCAACAUUACGGGAAAUUUACCGGUUGAAGGAAAACGCUGAAUACACCAGAUUCUUUAUUAAGACUCCUUUAUCUGAAUCUCAAAUAUCUGCGUAUUUAAGGGGAUUGCAAGAGGAGGCAGACAAGGUCUCUAAGGAUAUCAAAAUUGGUUCCUAUCCACAUUUUGGUAUGGGCUUUAAUACGGUUAGUAUAUUGGGUACCAAAGAUCAAGAAGCUUUCCUGCAAGAGAUGAACGACCGUACAAUUAAGGAUCUUAAUGGUGAAAGCAUCUCUGCUGAGGAUGAAGAAAAGCUUUCUAAUGCAUUUGAAGCAUAG